AAGCGUAGCACACAUAGUUUUUAAGUCGAUGAUAUUUAUAGAUAUAUGUAUAUAUAUAUACAUAUUCGUGUACAUUUAAAGUAAACCAAAACUUAAAAGUUGCACUUGCAAAAUGGAUUCCCUACACAUUAUGGAUAUGCCCGACGAGUGCCUGCUGAUGGUGUUCCAGCAAUUGGAUGUGAUGAGUCAGUGCAGCUUUGCGUUUACCUGUCAGCGCUUUAUGAGUAUCUACGAAAUGGUGCACAGGCAACAUUUUCGCUGUUUCACUUGGUUCGAGCCUACGAACAAUUGGACCGCGCAGCAGAUUGAGGCAUUUUUCAGGCUGAAUGGCCACAAAAUGCGUAUGUUGUCUGUAUCGGAUUUGCAUGACAAAUAUUUUGAGAAGCCGCUGCUUAGCAAGGCCAAUCAUAUGAUAAACGUUUGCGUGUAUCUCAAAAACCUGCGCUCACUGAUACUAUGCAUUGACCAUAAGCUGCCCGAUAUAAUUAUUGAAGUUUGUAAACAUUUGCACAAGCUGGAGAAUCUGGUUAUUGAUUGUGCCAGUCAUCCGAAUUAUGAAUUUUUGGUUUUGUUGCGGCGUCUAAAAAGUUUGGAUAUUGAAUAUUUUGUUAAUCCACGUGACAAGCUAUUCCAAAGAUUUGCCGAGCUGCGUCCGGAUGCUUUGGAGCAUUUACGCAUUGGUUCGGAAAUAACAAUGAAGCAGGGCAAGCAUAUUGCUCAUCUGCGUGGCCUUACGCUCCUCAACAUUUACAAUCCUUGCUAUCAUUUCGUUAACGGUGUCGUCCUGCAGUUGGCCAAUUUGCGAGUCCUUAGCAUAACAUCUGCUCAGCAAUUGCGAGACCAUGAUUUUCGGCAUUUGAUCAUGCAUCUUAAGUUCCUGGCUACGCUAUAUGUCAUUCAAUGCACGGAUCUGGGUAACGAUUUUAUAUUCUUUAUCAUCCAGCACUUAAAGGUGGAUGAAAUGCUGUCUUCCAAUUGUCGUCGCUUGCCAUUUCAUUUGGAGCUAUCCGGCACGUGUGUAACAGAGGAUAUUAACGAGAUUGAGCCCGUUAACUCAUCACAUUCCAUACUUAAUGUUGUUUUGGUAGGUAAUUAACCUUGCUUAAUAACUUCAUAUUUAUCUCAAUUUGAAUCAUGAGCACUCUAUCGAUAAGUAAUUAAACAGUCGAAGCGGAACAAGGAAAUUUGAGCAGGGUGGCAGCUCAGUAAACCUAACGUUCGUCCGUUUUUUGACAAAAUGUAUGAGAGUAGCCAAAGUCGAGGCAUUUUACAUAUUAUUUAAAAAACAUUUUAUAUAUUUUGUACGAGCGGUCAAUAAGCUGCUAUCAAUAAAAACAGCCCCUAUUGAUUA